UCCACAUCUCGCCAUGGAUUCGUGGUGUAACGGGGUUAUAAUGUUAUUUACAAUUUUGUUGAUAUAUUGUUUAUCCAUAAGUGAUAGUUUUGAGAUGAAAACGAUAUACUGCACCAUAGCUGACAGCUGUGACUGCGACUUUAAACCAAACAUACAAGGCUUGGAGUGGGACCUUUAUAAAAAUUUGUACGGACAGCAUCUGGUGCAGGAUAUUGUGUCCGAGUCAGUGGCGAGCUUCCUGCAGAAGCAGAAUCCAUACAGACCCCUUGCUCUUUCCUUUCAUGGAGCAUCGGGCACUGGAAAGAGCAUGGUGAGUGCCAUUCUGGCACGCCACCUGUACGGCACCUCGAUGGGCAGCCCUUACAUCCAUCAGUACGUCCCCACACUGCACUUUCCACUCGCAGACCGCGUGAAGCAAUACAGGUCAGACCUGAAGCACUGGGUACAGGGGAACCUCACAGCCUGUGCUCGCUCUGUCUUCAUCUUUGACGAGAUGGAGAAGAUGCCACCUGGAGUGAUUGAUGUUCUGGAACCAUUCCUCGGGCCUUCACAUGUUGUUUUUCAGACCAACUACCGCAAGGCCAUCUAUAUUUUUAUUACUACCGCAGGUCAGGAAGUCAUUAACAGAGUAACCCUGGAGAGCCGACAGGCAGGACGAGACAGGGAGGAAAUUCAGGCAGAGGAACUGGAGGAGGCUAUUGCAGACGCUGUAUACAACAAUGAAAAUAGUGGAUUCUACCAUUCAAAAAUAAUCUCCGAACAUAGAAUAACUCACUUUGUGCCCUUUCUGCCCUUGUGCCGGCGACACGUGGAGCGUUGUGCCCUGCGGGAACUGUGCCAGCGCGGCGAGUGCCAGCGCAGAGACGUGGCAGCUGCAGUAGGGGGCGCCAUGUCCUACACACCACAGGAUGGGCAACACUUCUCAAGCACCGGCUGCAAGCUUGUACCUGCUAAAGUCAAUCUCUUCCUAUGAGCCAUGGGAUUGAUGCACAUGGACAUAACAUGAACUUUCAGACCAGCUGGUGUUUAGUUGCACCUUUGCACAGGAGCAGAUUUUGCUUUUGGAAGGACAGUGGCUUUGAAUGAACUGGCCCAAAAAGUACAAUUUCAAAGACUGAAUCAAAGAUGAGUUUACAGGAACUAAAAAAUGCAGGGUAUUAAUCAGUGUGUAAAGAUGCAGGUAAAGGACCUUGUAAACGAGAAUUGUCUCUGUGUAAGAGAAAGUAUAUCAACAGCUGCUCUGUGUGUACUAAACAGUUAUGUUGCUGAUCGUUAUAAGCGAACAGAUGUACAGAACUGCAGUCAGCUGACUAGACAGUUGGUGAUUAAAACAGAGUGACUUUGUCUGGAUGCAAAAAUUUUAUAGCUGACUCUGUACAUUGUUAAGUGUUGGUCAGGCUAAUUAGCAAUAUUAUAGAAGGAAUAUGGUAAUUCCAUUCCAAAGUUUGGACACAACUUAUCAAUCACUUAUGUAUUAUUUUAUUAGUUUUGCCUUAUUUUAGAAUACGAGAAUUUAUGCAUUGUCCAAAAACAGCUAUGUACCCGCCAAUAAUAACAGCCCACAAACAGCCUAUAAACUACAUUUGUGCUUUUUACAUUUGAGGAUCGUUCUUACAGAUUGCUCUUUAGAAAUACCUUCUACCAUAUGUCUAAAUAAUCUUAAGGAUGUCUUUAGUCAGUUUUGUCAAGAUUUUUGACUGGUACUGAAGGAUCAAAUUUGAAUUCUACUAUAUUUUACUGUGUUUUACAUGGAGUACAAAAAUUGUUUAUACUGCUCUAAAGUGAGAUAUCACUGUUCCCAUUUUGUUCAAAUUUCCUUACCUCGUGUAUAGAAGUAAAGAUUAUGGGAUUGUUAAUUUCUGAAUGCAAUGCAUAUUGUGAAUCAUUGAGGUAAGAUAAGUUAGGAAAGGUAUUUAGUUAAACGGUCUGAAUUGUCAUUUGAAAUUGUUGGGCCUCUGUCUUAUUUGUGAAAGUACCAAUUUAGCCGUUGACACUGCAAGGUUUCAGAAAAUGCUAAAGCAUCUAAGAUUUGAAAGGUUAAAUUGAGACUUUUAAGCCAAGUGUGUGGAAUUUUAUUCUUGAAAUAUAUUGAUACAGGUUUCCAUCCAUUGACAAUUCUGAACUCUAAAGUAGUUUUUAAUUAAUUAAUAUUGUGACAUAUGUAGAAUUAGGUUAAGCAUUUAAAAUUAUCAUGGAGGUUUGUUUGUCAUUUUAUUCACACAAAGAAUGAUACUUUUCUGUUGCUGUUCUCUGUAUUAUUUAUUUGAGCGUAAUAAAUUAAUGAAGAGGAGAAAGAAUUCUGUAAUGUGACAUUAAAAACUUAAAAACCGUU